AUGGGGAACAAACUGACCUGCUGCCUGAAGUCCAACCGCAGCCCCAGGCUGAGCCAGCACUCUGGGUGGGUGAAUCGGGGUGAUGGGUCUGGUGUCUGUGUGGCGGGCGCCAGGAACUCGGUGGCAGCACCACCAGCUCCAACUGCCCUGGAACCUGCCGAGUGGGAUUCCCAAGCCUGCGAGGGCCACCCUGUGCUGUGCCUCGGUGACCUGGAAAUGCCCAAAGAGUUGGUUUUAGAAUUAAUCCCUUCUGACCAUCCAAAGGCAAGCACAAUUUUCCUGAAGAAAUCUCAAAUGGAUGUGGGAGAAAAGAAGAAGAAGAACUAUUCAUACCAUGUAUCUCCAGGUCACCGUAGUGAAAAGUACAGCUCAUGCUCAACAAUAUUUUUAGAUGACAGCACAAUUUGCCAGCCUAAUGUUAGAAUCACCGUGCAAUGCCUGGCAUUAGCAAUAUAUUACCACAUAAAGAACAGAGAUGCAAAUAGAUCUGAGGACAUUUUUGAUGAAAGGUUACAUCCAUUUACACAUGAAAUAGUUCCAGAGGAAUACUUUAAUCAUAAUCCUGAUUCCGAAAGUAUUUACAGAUUUAUUCACCCUUUUUUCAGUGCCACAAAGCUAACAGCUGAAUGGGCAAUAACAACUUUGGUUUACUUAGAAAGACUUUUAAUUUAUGCUGAGAUCGACAUUUGCCCCACUAACUGGAAAAGAAUUAUUUUGGGAGCUAUUCUUCUUUCCUCCAAGUAUUUGCAUGAUCAGGCUGUAAGGAAUGCAGACUUCUGCCAAAUCUUCAAGGGCAUUACAGUCAAGGACAUAAGUGACUUGGAAAGGCAAUAUUUAUAUCUACUCCAAUUUCGUCUUAAUGUUUCUGCCAGUGUCUAUGCCAAAUACUAUUUUGACCUUCGGUCCUUAGCCAGUGACCACGGACUGCCUGUUGUGUUUGCUCCUCUUCGAAAAGAAAGAGCACAGAACCUAGAGGCCAUUUCCAGAUAUUGUGAAAACAAAAACCUGUGCAGGGUGGCUAUAAAAAAAUCUAGCAGCUGUGAUAAUUUUACUGAUAUGAAGUAUGCCAACACCAUUUUAUCUUAAACUAAAAAUGAGGGGCUGUGACAUGAUGAACCCCUCAUCUACAAUAACUGGAGAAAUGUCAGCACUCCCGCUCAGAAACCAACAAAGCUAGUAUUCCUCACCAGGGAGAAAUGAGGGGUUGUAAUAUUAUAAGCCCUUUGUCUACAAGGUGAAGAACUAAAAAAAUAUCACCUUUCCUGCUCAAAAACCAACCAAGUUCGUAUUUCCUCUCUUAAGGAAGAAAUGAGAGGUUGUAACAUCAUCAACUUGUCAUCUACAAAAAUAAGACCUGGAGAUAGAUAUAUCACCUUUCCUGCUCAAAAACAAGCAAAGUUGGUAUUCUCCUCUUAAAAAAAAAAAAAAAUGAAGGGUUAUAACGUCAUGAACCCUCAUCUGCAAGGGCAUGGACUGGAGAAAUGUCACCGCUCCUGCUCAAAACCCAGCAAACUUUUUCUCUCUUAAGAAAGAAAUGAGGUAUUGUACCAUCAUGAACCUCUCAUCUACAAAAAGAACUGGAAAAAUAUUAACUUAUUGCUCAAAAACCAGCAAAGCUAUUAUUUAAAUUGAUUUUUAGAGAGGGAGGAAGGGAGAGAAAGAGAAACAUUGAUGUGAGAGUGAAACAUCAAUCAGCUGUCUCCUGCACGCCCCCUACCAGGGAUCCAGCACGCAACCAGGGCAUGUGCCCCAACUGGGAAUCAAACUUGCAACCCUUCGCUGAACAGAAUGACACCCAAUUGCUCCUGUUCAAAAACCAACUUACCCACACCAGCCCGGGCUUAUCUGCCUUAUUUGCACUCUUAAUGAAAAAAGGAGGGGCUGUGUCAUCAUGAGGCCCUCAUCUACAAGUACAAGGACUGUAGAAAUACUACUUCUACUCAAAACC